AUGUUCAUGAUCGCCAAGGUUGUGAUACUUGUUAGCUGCAUGGUAACCUCGGUCAGAACGAUGCUCCUUUCGGACAAUGUUCCCAGGCUACAACAGGUUUCUAAGAAGCGUGGCAUCGCCUAUAAUGCAGCAUGUCUGGUGGACGCCUUGGUAAACAAAAAAGCUGAUAUGGUCUCGUGGACGUACAAUUGGGAUAGCAAAGCAAACAACGAGAUGCUUCUUGAUCUGGAAUAUGUACCAAUGCUCUGGGGGAAAAAGGAUUUCAGUGGUUGGAGAACUGCGGUAGAAAAGGCAUUGUCAGGGGGUAGUUCCCAUAUACUUGGAUUCAAUGAGCCAGACUUAAUGUCACAGGCCAACAUGAGCUACUCCGACGCUGCUAAGUAUUACAAGGAAUUCAUAACACCUUAUGCUGCAAGGGCUCAGCUGAUCAGCCCAGCUGUCUCAUCUUCCACUAUUAAAGGCCUAGGUCUAGAUUGGUUUGAAUGCUUCAUCAGAGAUUGCAAGGACUGCAGUAUCUCCGGUCUUGCAGUGCAUUGGUAUGGCAACUCUGUCGAUGAGCUCAAAUCGUUUGUCUCAGAUGUUAUAAGCACAGCUUCUGCACACGGAAUUUCUGAGAUCUGGCUAACCGAAUUUGCUUUGAUAUCUGACACCAAUGGGGUUUCUGACGAAACCAAAACGGCCAAAUUCCUCAAUGAAGUUCUUCCCUGGCUUGACUCUCAGCCUGAAAUUACUCGCUAUGCGUAUUUUUACUGCGCUAACGGCUAUUUGGUUACUAACGAUGCAGAAAACUUGAUUGGAGAGAUUUAUAUCUCCUCUUCUUCGUAG